UGAGGUUAUGUCACUUUGUUUAGCGUCAUACAGUGAUAAAUCGUGAUCGGUGAUCCGCGAUAACAUUUAUUAAUUUAAGACCGACACUCUUCCUCUCUGUCUGCGCUUGAGAUUAUCUUGUUCGAGAUGGCCGAGAUUCCUCUGAGCUUAGGCGAGAAGACGUUUAUUCUCCACGGGAUAGACACCGGUUUCAGAAACGACGGACGGCAGAGAUACGAAUAUCGUUCCAUAGAGAUUGAAACCAGACUGAUGCCGCACGCACACGGAUCGGCACGAUUGAGAAUAGGCAACACGGACGUGUUGGUCGGCGUGAAAGUGGAGAUCGACACCCCGCACGCGGACAAACCCGAGGAAGGCAAACUUGACUUCUUCGUGGACUGCUCCGCCAAUGCCACACCAGCGUUUGAAGGCAAAGGAGGAGAAGACCUUGCAACCGAGAUAAGCAAUCUCCUGUCCUUGGCUUACCAAACAUCCGAAACCUUCGACCUGAGGCAGUUGUGCAUACUACCUCACAAGAAGUGUUGGAAAAUGUACGUGGACAUUUUGAUUCUACAAUGCGGCGGGAAUCUAUUCGACGCGGUAGGCGCCGCGGUGAAGGCUGCGUUGUACAACAGCGAGAUCCCGAGGGUAAUCGCGGCGACGCUCGACGGCGGUGAACCAGACAUUCAGCUGUCGGACGAUCUUUACGAUUGCGUCAAACUGGACGUGACGAAUUAUCCAAUAGUGAUAACGGUGUGCAAGAUCGGCGACAACUGCGUGGUGGAUCCAACGUCGGAGGAGGAAUCAUGCAGCACCGCCAGCCUCAUCAUGUCCGUGAUGCCGAAUGGCAAGAUGACGUCCGUAGUCAAGAUGGGAUACGCCAGUCUGCAGCCUACCACCUUAAUUAAGAUGCUAGAGGUGGGAAAGAGCGUCGCUCACAAGCUGAACCAAGCUCUCCUGAAAGGAUUGGCGGCGGAGGAUAAGCUCGGCCGAUCGCGGCAGAUAUGUGGCUUUCUUAGAUAAUAAGAAAGCGACGCUUUCUUCAUGAGGGCACUGAAAGUACAAAUAUAUUUUUGCAGACCCAAACUUUAAUCGUCUUUUGUCUGUCGGUAUCUCAUUUCAUAUAACUGUAUUCCUUUUUUUUUCUAAUAUUCAGUUAUUUUUUAUCAGUCUGAAUCCGCAUUCAGGAUUAUAGCGUGUUAUUGAACCUCUGAGUUUUAUGUCGCUUCUAAUAAUAUAAGCUACCUCUUUCCUGCAAUCCCUGUUUCUAAACGUUAAAUUUAAGAUUACACAUUGGUCAUGGGAAAUUCUCCACUGUAAAAAAUAUUAACAAAUCAGGGAAUUUCAAAAUUUAUUUUCCGUGGCGAUCCUGAUCUCUCUUCAGUCUGUUUCAUAGGGCAGCUCUUCGCGACCGUGAUGAAUAUCCCUCCAUGAAGUCAAUUUGCCGGUCGAUGAAGACGUAAGGGGGUGAAACGAGGUUGGGGAAGGGGGUGGGAAAGAAGUCGCACGAAGCUCGAGCUGUGAUAACGAAAUCGGUUUUUUCUUUUUCUUUAACGAUCCUUAAAGAGAGUGGCUAUUACAAUGAUUAUGUUGAAAGUGCUGAAAGUAGUGAAAGAUAUCUUUCUCUUUUUAGUUUAGUUAUAAAUAUUCUGUUCUUACAGUAUUUGUUCUUCCUCUUUCUUCCUGCCUUUCUUUCUUAUUAAUCUUUUUUUCUUUUUUUAACGGACCUUUCAUAGUUUGUACAGAGGUCCUAAGUAACUCUUACAAGAUAAUAGUUAGAAUCGUUUUCUAGCAUGUCAUGUAUGUAUAUAUGUAUGUAUAUAUGUGUGUGUGUAGUUACAAGAGUCCGUCAAUGUAUAUUAUUAUAUCUUAAUAUCGUCAUUGUCGGCCGAGACGACCGGAUGUCCGGUUUCGCCAGCGAUGACAUCGUCGAGCGACGAGUAGUAGUAGUAUUUUCUCUAUCUCUCUCUCUCUCUCCCUCUUUCUUUCCGCUUUCCUUUCUUUCUAUCUUUCUCUAUCUUUCGCGGCGUGGAAACGUGAUUUAACGCGCGCGCUUGAGGAUUCGGCAGAUCGCGUCUUCGCACGGCCACCGACGCGAGAUCGUUUUUUUUUUUUUUACGUGCAGCAGUCACUCUCGCAUUAUUAUAAAAUAACGUCGAUCCUCCUUGCGCUCGUCACAGCGACGUACGUCGCGAUUAAGUCGGACACACUGAUCGAUUGUAAGUAAACCAAGGAAAUCGUCGAUGUAAAGCAAGGUAUGUCUGAUCUGUCAAGCUCGCUGCGAAAGGAUCUGAAGCGAACAUGCAGGUGCGAGUGUGUGAUCGUUCCGUCAAAGAAGAACCGGAAGUUUCGUUUCCAUCGUUAACAUCGAUCAUCCAAUGUUCGGCUCUCGAAACGUCUGAAUUCCGUCUUACUCGCUCGGCAAUUUAGGAUAAAAAAAAAGGAUGCUCCCUGUUGAUUCUAGAAAUUUCACAUUCCGAAAAAGGGAUCGCGGCUGAUAUUUUUCGCGCGGGAACCGAAUGGAAUAACGGGAAUACAAAGAAGCUUUCGAUAAAUUACCGCGGUAGCUCUUGCUGACGAGAAACGAUACUUUCUUGAAAUCUCCUCUGCCGGGCGAGAGCACCUUUGUACUUUCGGGAAUACGAGAGUGGCCUCGCCAGGUAUCGACUUAAUCGCACCGUUCAUUAACGCUCGUUCCUCGACGUCGCGUUGCAAGCACAGCUUGCGCGCUAUAUCUUUGAUGGUAGAAACGGGCAUAAAUUGGUUUGAGGUUGUAAACAUAGUCUUUGUUACCCGCUCGUCGAUUACAAAUUGAGAACCUUAAGCUACGCUGAAGCGAGCCCGCGGACGGGCGUCACCGCGUCAACGACUGCAUUCGGGAAACACAACGGUCGAGCGAGCGAUCACUGGUCUAUUCCUUCGGAUUUACCGUGGAUCUGAAGGAAUAUCUCAAUCUAAAGCCGCUCAACGGUUGCGCAACCGUCGUAUCUUCUGAACGUACUCGGCGUCAGGAAGAACGGGGAAAACCGCAAUAACGUCGAAAUGACACAAAAAUGACGAGAAGUGAUCGAAAAGCAAGUUAUUACAGCCAUUUCUUCGUCAUUUUGACGUCAUCCUAAUUUUCUGUCCUACCUGGGAGACGUCAGCGCGUGCCGUUGACACGUUGGUGCCGUGCGGGAACAUGGAACGCGCGCGUCGUUUCGUCGGCUUCGAAACGAUGGGCGGGGGAUCGCGGAUCCAGGCACCGCGAUCUCCCUGGAGAAACGAGACGAACUCG